CAAAAGCCAGUCGUGACAUUUUAUUUUACACCGAACAUGUUACAAUAAGUUUUUCAAGCAUGGAAGCAUCGAAGUCGCAAAUCGAUCGGGACUAUUCUUCUUUGCUUCAAUUAUAUGCAAGAGCGAACGCGCCCAAUCGCGAUUAUUACGGUUUGUCUAUUGGAGAAAAUUACAUACGUUUCGACGUGUGGAAAGUUACACGCGGUCCCCACUUCCACCCGACCCAAAAAAUCAUCAACAUCGAUGACUUCGCCGGCAGCAAGCAUCUCCAAAGCGAAAUCAGGAACUCCUUCGGCGAAAACAUCCACGACUUCAUCGUGCGCCUCUCCAACGGCGAAAGGUGCUUGGAAAACCUGCCACAAAGAGCCUUUUUAUCUAUAGUCAAAUACUUGUCGAUCAACGACGUGUUGAAUUUGAGCAGAGUGAAUAAAAUAUACCACGAAAUUUGCAAUUCGGAAGCGCUGUGGGAGGAGAUGUUUUUUAAAGCGAUGGGCAGGCGUCCAUCGCGCGAGGAAUCCCGGCAAGCUUCUGACAUCGGCUGGAGGAACACCCUGAAGAAAAGGAUUGUGUUUGUACGAAGAGCCACCGCUCCGAAACCGACUAGAGCCCGUCCCGGGCAAACAAUGGUCGUUUAUAAACCAUCAGCAACGCCCGGUCCUUCGCAAAGGAAACCAGAAGCUCACGCGGUGAAGUCCGGUACUCCUUCGAAAUCGUCUGUAGCUAGAGCCAGAACGACUCAUUCUGGCGUGAAAUUGGGUACCACUAAGGACUUGAAACCGGCACAACCGGAACUCUCCGGCAUCAAACCGGCUUCUAUGUACAUAAAACCGAUACCCCCUUACAAAAGGCUAAGUAUAGCUCAUGACGUGCCUGUGGUUCCCAAAUUCCAGUAUUCGCUUAAUAAAAGGAUACUCAAAAAAUAAUCCACUUUUGUGCAAUUUUUACGUAAUAUAUUUUAAAUUUAAAUAUUUUCAAAUUAUUUACAAAUGAAGGUAUUUUAUAGGGUAAUCCCCUCAACCCUCAAGCGAGUAAAAUAAUAAGACAUGUAGAUUUCAAAUAUUUAUUUUGGAAAAUGUAUCAUAACCAAGUAGUAUAAUAAAUUAGGUAUGUAUUAAAAUAGUAUCACAUGAAACAAAAUAAAUAUGAAAUUCCGUAUUGUUACAAUAGUUUUCGCGCAAUUUUCGCGUCGGAAAAUAAUAAAAAAACCAAACGCGUUUUUUUUUAAAUAUUAAAAAUAAAAAAAUAUAUCUAUGGUAUACGACAUCUAGUCUACAAGAGAAACAACAUAAAAUCUCUUAGAAAAAUAAAUAAAUUUUUGGUCACGUUUAUUCUAAUUAGUAAUUAAAUCACAAAGGUUCCGGACAAGUCCGAGCUAGGCGUGGAAUUUGUGUAAAUGCCCUGCGUGAAGACCGAAAUUUAUUAUCAAAUUUUGGGUGAAGUGAAUCGAAUUGACCAGAUCGGACUUGUCGCGUUCAACAAAAUUCAGAAUUUUGAAUAGCAGGUCACUUAAUAAAAUCCGAAUACUAUCCAACUACAGUAUAAAUAGUCAAAAAUGUCCUAGAUAAAAAUGAUUGUACGAGAUAUAUUGGAAAAAGGGGGAGAAGGAGCGUGGGAUUUUCCAUAUAUUAAAUGUUUUCUUAUCAUUGCGAAAAAACCGAUUUAAUUUUACAAAUGGCGAUAAUACUCUAUGCGAAAAAGCUCCAAAUAUUUCGGACGAUUUUUUUAAUGUUUAUUAGAAAUUGGCACAAAUAUUCGGGAAAAAUAAAGUUUGAGGGUAGAGGUAGAGAAGAAUGAUUCAAUAAAUACAAACAAAACAAAAUGUAUGAUCAUCAAUUAUAACUUUUUUAGUAAAUUUUGUUGUGCCAGUUUCGCAAAGAACUUUUCGUUAAAAUUGCCUCAUUUAAAAGUUCGUAAAUGUGCCGAUAAAAUGUCAUAAAUAGCACGAUAAAACGAAUGUACUGUUCAAUAAACAUCCAUAAAUAUCAAUCAUCACUGAAUCACACCUCAAGGAUAUCUUACGUAGGAAACCAAUAUACCGAGCCGGGUGAAACAUGUCAAUAAAUUUCGCAUCGCGAUAACAAUACAAUUGCAAAUAUACAUCUGAUACGAGAACAAUACGCUUUCGGUGAUUAAAUUAGAAAAUAAAUUAAUUAUUAUUAAAUGGCAAUUCGAACGACCGCCCCGUCUCGCCGCAGGAAUCCAUCGAAUCGGUCUCCUGCGAACAGGCCACAGUGUUCCUCUCCAGAGCCCUCAUCCGGAUCUUCAUGUGCUCCAGCAUUUUGUCGAUGGCCCUCAAUCGCUUCUCCAGACUAGUCGUGCUGAGAAAACC